ACUACGGAUGUAAUAUUUUUCUGGCCACAAGCGGGAUUUUGGUGGCGCUGUUUCCCCCCUCGGCAGAAGUAAGGGGAUGAUUUCUUUUCUGAGUGACAGACAGCAUCGAACGUUCUCGGGCGUUGAACGUUCUGGAAGAGUUGACAAUUAUUUUCAUCCGUGGACAAGUUAACUUUUCGCCAGGAGACACCAAGUUAACAACAACAAGUUAGCUUUUCAAUUUGAAAAGAAAUCAUGAAUCCCGUCAGCUUCUUCCCCGGAAAGAUGACGGUGACAUUUAGGAGGGGACCAUCGGGUCAUCUGCGGCAGGACCCAUCCUCUGAGGCCAUGAGGAUAAAACAUAAUCCUGGGCUUCAGGUCAAUAGUCCCGCUGAGAAACCUGAGCUAGUGAAGACCAGCGCUCGCACUGUGGUCAUCCAGCGAGGAGGGGAUGUGUCGGACCGACAGGAGGUGAUGGGAGAGUACCUGCUGCAGUUUGGCAAGUACCAGGGAAAAUCGUUCAAGUGGCUCCUCGAGAACGAUGUUGGCUACACCAUCUACCUGAUGAAAAAGGUAGACGAUGAGGAGAGAGCCGGGACCUUCAACCCACAGGGACACAGUAAGGACAGCCUGCUGUCUUUUCUGGACUAUGCCAGGAGCUUCCAGGAAAUACAGGACCUGAGGAACUACCUGAUCUCCAGGAACCCUGCUGAACCUGUGGCGUCAGAGGGGGACAAUAUUGUCGGCUUUGGUCGCAGGGCCAAAACCACCUGUAGGCAGAUCUGGGAGAGCAGGGCGGAUGGUUAUGCUGCCUACAUCUCACGCCAAAAGUGCAUCAAAAACAGCAAGAUGUACAACCUGCAGCAGUACAUCCUCAAGCAGGAAAGGGCUGAAUCCUGUCCAACACCUGCAGAAGGCUCCACUACAUCUACUGCCUCCAUCCCAACAUCAGGCACUCUAGAAGGCUCCACCACAUCUACUGCCUCCACCACAUCUACUGCCUCCACCCCAACAGCAGGCACUCUAGAAGGCUCCACCACAUCUACUGCCUCCACCACAUCUACUGCCUCCACCCCAACAGCAGGCACUCUAGUGAUGGAGGAGGACGAGGAACUGGAGAGACAGAUGUUGAACCUGUCUCCAUCUUUAUUUGACACCGGAGUAAGCAGGUGGAUCAUCAAGGGUGAAACCGUAACUCUUCCGGUACUUGAUCAAAUGUCCCCGGUGCUUUCAGGCCCACCAGCAGCAGUCCAGGGAAGAGCAGCUGUGGAUCCAACGAAAGCUCACAGGACGAAGCCACCAGCUACUGCUGCUAGACCUGCAGAACCGGAUGACCCCACUGUGACUGCUGCGAAAGCCACAGCGAAGGCCCUGUUGCCGGUCCCUGCCCAGCUGCUCGCCAUUGCCCCAGAGCUCGGGAUAAGAGAGCAGGAGCCCGAUGUGUUGAAACAAACACACAGAAAGGCAGUCUCCCGCAUUCCUUUGGAGUCUGGAAUAAGAGCAGGUCCAUCUCUUCCUAAAAAUACAUCAUCCCUACGGAGUAUUGCCCCUGUGGAAGCACAGGGAGACACUGUCCAUGAUGAAGCUCCAACAUGUCCUGCGCCUCCUGUCAGGCAGCCAGCAGCCCCAGGCUACAAUCAGGAUGUUGCACAGUGGAACUGCUCCCAUCAGCAGCAGAUCUGGAUGAAGACUGAGUUUGAGACAUUGGGUCUGUGGCCAGGGUCACGUCCAGUACGUCACCCAAUGAACAUGAUUACCCUGUGGCGCUAUCCACCUCAGCCUGAGCUCAUAGACAAUAUUGCUGCACUGCCUUCGCCCAAAUAUUUUCAGCUCCACCCAUUCUUCAUUUGGAAGCCGGAGCAUGCUAUCAUGGAGAGGGUGAGGAACAAUUUUGUCCUGCCCUGCCUUCAUGGUUGUCCCAACCCUCAGGUAGCUUCUUCUGGUGUUGGACGGCCCAGAGUGAUCAUCGGCACCAGUGGUCAGUACUAUCUCUUUGCUUCACGGCUCACCUGUAAAGCCUGUAAGAGGUACUGGCAUGCUGACAAACCCCAAUGGCUGGAGAUGUUGCCAAAGCGCUUCAAUAACAUUGUGCCAGCCUUCCUGACGCACAAAAAAGCCAUCUGCAAAUCGGUGAUGGAUGAGCUGAGACGCAGUGGCAGAUCACCGGAGGACAUGACCAAGCAGCUGACAGAGGCGGUCCAUCUUAAGUAUGAGCGAGCUCAUCUGGCCUACCUGCUGAGUGUGCAGAACAUCAGGGAUGCUGAGGAAGGAGCCUACGGCCAGAAGACCAUCACUGGGCACCUCAGACAGGCAGACACUCCAGCUUCAUUCGGGGGAUAUUCAGAUGCUGAUGGCUGGCGGGGAGUGUCUCUUUCUUCGCACUACCUGGUCAACUGCCAGGUCCAGGAGUAUCAGAGGCAGGAGCAGCUCCUCACACUACUGCUGCAGGGGACCUUUGGACGGGCACUGAGGUCGGAUCACACUCGGAAAGUGGCGAGGAAGGUCGUGCUGUCGUCUGGCACCAUGUCUUCCUACGCCAUCAUGAAUGAGAACUGGAUGAUCCUGAGCUGGGUGAUGCUGCAGUCAGAGUGUGAUCGGUCCCUUCAUCUGGUGUAUCAGGGACUGGCUCAACGCUACACUGCAGCUGGAGUGGAGAAGGCAUGCUGCCACUGGGUGGACAGGGACUGCUGUGCUGCCUUCAAGGUCCUGGACACCAGAGCUCAGGAGCACCUGUCAUGGGACUGCUGGAAGACCACAGAGGCUAUAGUCACAGAGGCCACCUCUGGAAACCUCGCCAACACAAGUGCCGCAAGGAACAAGUUUAAUGUAGACAUUAGCAUCAAGUUAGACUUGUUUCAUUGUAUGCGCCGGCUUACCAGAGAGUGUGUGUCAGAGCAUCAUCCUCUGUACAGCUCCUUCUGCCAGGUCCUCUCUGCAGCCUUUCUCGUUGUGGACCAGGGGGAUCUCGAGAGGCUGAAGGACGCUUACACCUUCUGUGGAAUCUCUCCUGCCAAUCCAACCAAGCAGCACAUGAGAGAUCACUGCAGGACACAGGUGCCACAGCCCAGAGAACUGCUGCAGAGAGUGGAAGACGUCCUCCAUCACUUCCACCUGGCAAAGGACGUGAAUGAUGUGCUCCUCUAUAAGGCCUCCAUGUUCAAGGUGUGGAGGAUUCAGCGGAUACACAUCUUAAGAGGCUGCUUGAGCGACCCUGAGGUGGAGGAGGGGAUCCUCUACAGAUACGGUGGCACCUUGCAGCUUAAUUACACCAAGGGCGAAGGAGCGGCUGUACCUGUUUGGAUCCCUGUUAGAGGCACGUCUCAGCAGGAGGGCUUCCACUGUCACCAGGCCCAGUGGGUGACUGGCAACCGGGUGUCCACUGAGCUCUUCCAGGCCCAGGCCAUGACUGGAGUGGUGCGCUGGAACUUUCAGAGGCUUGUGGACCUGAAGCAGCCUGGUGUGGAGCUGCCAGCUGUGUUUGACCCCCUGCUCAUUUGGGAACUGAACGCAGCCUGUCAAAGGGUGACAGGGGUGCGAAAAUACCCAGCUCUGCACAUCUCAAACAGGGACACAGGGGAGAGAUUCGGGCUGCAGUACGUGGAGCCAGGCUGUCGUCCUGUGGUUUUAAACUGGGACAAACACAGGACACAGCACAACACCUCUGCUGCUGUAACCGUGGCAACACAGCUGCACACCUCUGCCCUGGAUGAAGUGCAGGACAUUGUUGCGGGCACAGACUCUCAGGAGACCAGUGAUGGCACUGUCCAGGACAACCCAGUGGGAGCAGUGCCGAUCCUCAGUUUCCAGCCACCUAUGCCAGCAUCUGCCACAGCCAAAGAAGAGCCUCACCCUUUGAUGGAUACAGACCUGCGAGGGGUAGCGCCACUGCCCAUAUCCUCCUCUCCUCGAGCCGCCCGCACUGGACCCAUUAAGACGGGAGGCCUGGUUCAAGUCCUGGACCACGGCCGGUGGACGGCCCCCAUGAGAGCAGCCAUCGAUGGGCUUCUGGCUAAACAUCAUGGAGCCAAAGCUCUUCUGAAGAGGGUGGAUGAGGAAUAUGCUGCCAUGGUGCAGAGGGCGUGCACGGAUCCCAACAGCCUCCUUCAUCCGACCACAGGCCAGCAUAUCUCCAGAUAUGUCAAGCAUCUGGCCAAGCUGAAAAACACCAGCUCCUCUCUCAACACCAGCCCAGAGAAGGUUUUAGAGACACAGCAGCUGUGGCAGAGUUUGACCACAGGCAGCAAAACAGUGUGUGUACCCGUCACAGCCCUGCCUCCUGCGACCGUCAACCCUCCAGCUGUGGCUCCCCCCCCGGAGGAGUCACUGAGCCGGGCCACAGUGGAGAAGAUCGUGUCAGAGAUCCUCCAGAAACAGCAGCAACAACCAAGGCAGGAGAGAAAGGUGCCCAGAAACUGUUUGUCCUGUGGUCAGCCAAAGUCCAGGUACCUUGGCGAUGGAUCCACUGUUCACUUUUUUUUUCAGUCCCCUGAGGUGAAGUACUUUUACUGCUCCGAACGGGUCUUUAAAAUGUAUAGAGAGGAAGGCCUCAAAGACCCCAGGAUGUCUUUUGUGGACUUUGCUGCCUCCCCCUUUUUUGCCAGGGAGCUUGAGGCUGUAAAAGAGAGGAGUGCAGCGUGGAAGAAGGUGGCAGAGGAGAGGACAAAGCGAAAGUCUGCAGUGCAGCUUCCAACAGGUCGCCUGUGCAGAUUCUGUCACCAACCACUAAAGCAGGGUCCUGUCAGCCCUCAUGUCCAUGCCUGUUUCCCUGACAUCCCAGGGAAAUACAUAUACUGCCCCUCCAGAGUGUUGUCCCUUUACAAGGACAAGGGCAUGGUCAAGGAGAUGACCUGGAUGGAGUUCCAGCAGUCAGACUUUUUUGAGGCAGAAAGGGUCCGAUGGGUUUCAGAGAAGAGGAGUUGA